AUGAGAAGAUCUACUCUAAAGAAGCCAUAUGUUGUUGUGCCCAAGGCUACACUGGACAAUGUGCCUUUACAUUAUGUAAAGAAUGUUGAACGAUGGAAGUAUGUUAUUCAAAGGAGGAUAGCUUUGGAGAGGGAAUUGAGAAAGGAUGCCCUAAAAUGUAAGGAGGUUGUGGAGAUUAUAGAGGUUGUUGGUUUGAUGAAGACUGUCACAAAAUUUGGUCCUUUCUAUAAAGGUCUAGUCAAGGAGUUUGUGGUGACCAUUCCUGAUGGGUGUGAUGAUGUGAAGAGUGAAGACUAUAGGAAGGUGUAUGUUAGAGGACAUGUCAUGACAUUUUCUCCUGCUGUAAUCAACAAGUUUCUGGGAAGGACUGAAGAACCUCAUGGUGAGCUAGAGGUUACAGAUGACCAAGUAUGCAAGGAGAUAACUGCCAAGCAAGUGAAACACUGGACGAAUAGAGGAAAGUUGUCAGUAGGGAAGCCGGAUGUCAAGUAUGCAAUCCUUCAUAGGAUUGGGACUGUCAACUGGGUGCCUACAAAUCAUACUUCAACCAUUUCUACUGGGCUUGGGAAGUUUAUAUAUGCUAUUGGAACAAGAAGAGCCUUUGAUUUUGGGAAGUAUAUUUUUGAACAAGUUCUUAAGCAGACCUUCUCAAAUGCUGUGAAUAUGCAUAUUUGCUUUCCCUCACUCAUUUGUGGGAUAAUUCUGAACCAACAUCCUGGAAUCUUAUUUCCUAUUGAUAUUGUGAAUAAAAGGGAAUAUCCUUUAUCCCUCAAUUACAAACUGUUUGCUGGAACACAUGUUCCAGAUAUUGUCAUGACAUCUUCUUAG